AUGGAACUUGUAGACGAUGAAGACGUGGAGACAACGAUAGCUCUUUACUAUGGGAAUGGGAGUGACAAAAAUUCACCGAUUCACUUAUUUGUUGAGUUAGCCGAUAUGGAGCAGAAUGAAGAUCUCACUGCAUAUGGUGAAGAACAUGCAAUUGAAGAACCGUGCGUGGUGGCUCCAAUAUUGUACGUUGAUAGUGAAUCGACUAUACGUGGGAUCGAUAUCAAUCUUAAUGUUACACCCGAUAUUGAUGUGGUUAGUGAUGAUGGAUACGAUAAUAGUGAUCCUUGUGAUGAAGAGGUCGAUAGUGAUAGUGAUCCUGAUGUGGACGAUGUCCCCGAUGAUAUUGACAAUGAAGAUGUGAAUGACGAUGGAAAUAUUAACGCGUCUUCAGUGGGGAACCAGAUGCGACGUGUUGUGAUACACAAUAACCUUGGGCCACAUAUGUCGCUCAUAGACCCCAAUGUGGCGCAUGAAGCUGAGUUUCCGGAGUACCCUGAAAUACUUCCUGCUCACUGGCUGGCCGUAAAUUCUCAACAUGAGGAGUUAUUGGUAGGCCAGAGAUUCGAAAGUAAAGAAGAGUGUGUAUUUGCUAUUAAGCGGUAUAGCAUGAAUAUAUCAAUGGAUUACAAAGUUGCAGUGUCUAAACCGAUAUUAUAUAUUGGAGAGUGUUGGAAGUCAGCGGAAGGCUGUAAUUGGCGUGUACGAGCUGCAUUUAUUCAAAAAUCGCAGAUGUGGGAGAUACGAAAAUUUGUUGGGCCUCACACAUGCACAUCAAUAUGUAUGACUGAAGACCAUGGAAAACUUGAUUCUAAAACUAUCUGUACGUUUAUCAUGCCAAUGGUGAAGGACAUGCCGACCAUUAAAUUUUCAGUACUGAUUGCCGAAAUGCAGGUACGGUUUCAGUAUCAAGUAUCAUAUCGAAAGGCGUGGAUAGCUAAACAAAUGGCAAUGGAGCAAUUUUAUGGGGAUUUCGAUGCAUCGUAUAACGAGUUACAGGGAUGGAUAGCCACUAUGCGGGAGUACGUACUAAGGACUAUCAUUGAGUUACAGACACGACCUUAUUACGGCCCGGAUGACCAAUUACAGCCAGGAAAAAGAAUUUUCCAUCUGAUGUUCUGGAUGUUUGAUCCAUGUGUGCGCGUAUUUCCCCACUGCAAGCCGUUUGUACAAGUAGAUGGGACCUGGCUAUAUGGAAAAUAUACACAGAUCUUACUUCUUACGGUUGCUCAAGACGACAAUAGGAACGUGCUCCCGAUAGCUUUUGUUAUCGUAAAUAAGGAGAACAUGGAAUCAUGGGAAUUCUUCCUUACCAACUUGCAGAGGGAUGUUAUUAGCAACGAUAAUAUUUGCAUCAUCUCCGAUAGAGGGAAAGGAUUAAGUGUCGCCAUUAGGCAUUCUGGUGUACCAUGGAGAUCUAUUUACUUGUACGAGCUGGAGCCACAUAUUUUUUGCCAAAGAAUGGCUCGACUUGAGAGUGAUAUGGAGGGUCAAACGAACACAUCUUUCCAACAGUGGUUGGGUACUAUAGAGCCGUGGCAAUGGGCUCAAAGUUUUGAUGAGGGCUUUCGUUAUAGUCAAAUAACCACAAACUUAGUGGAGGGGGUCAACGCUGUGUUGUUGAAAACACGACAUCUUCCGAUUUUAUCUGUCUUUUUGGCUACAUUUUAUAGGUUGGCAACCUUGAUGCCAAGAAUGGGUCAGCAACAAGUCAACAAGAUAGAGGCGGCACACGUGUUUGUCGAAGAUGUCAGGGAUGCAAUGGUUGCAAACAGUCGGAUGGCGAGGUCGAUGAAUAUAGAAAUAUAUUCACGAUGCCAUGAAACAUUUCGUGUUACAGAGACCAUCGGUCGUCGACUGGUAUACCACUUAGGUCCUAUGGAGUUGACCUCCGUAACAGACGGUGUGAUUGCAGGAGCGUGUGCUAAGGUGAACCUUAAUGUUGAACAAUUUGUCGAUGAUGUGUACACACUCGAGCGCAUGUUACGUAUCUGGGAAAAUGAGUUCCCCGUCCUGCCUGACUUGUCUACGUGA